UCGUGUGCGUAAUUUAUCACCCGUGUUACGAUGUGGGGUGAGCUGUUAAAGGGUGGAAUACAACUGGAAUCGCAGGAAAAGAACAACUUCAACCCCCUUGCCUGGGUCGGGAUGGGGGUGAAAAAGAAGGAUGGUGAGGGUGGGGUAGUGAUUUGCCCUCCGUGCAGCAGUAAAACCUCCAGCGCACCCGCAGCUCUAGCAAGCCCGUGAAAAUUCGUGCAAAGUGGAAGUAGGCGAGCAGGAAAAACACACACACAGACCCACACACACGACCUUUUGGAACAAAAUAAAAUCAGUAGCAGUACAAAGAGAGAGAGAGAGAGAGAGAGCCAACACGCUAACGCGCUACAGAGUGAAAGAGAGAAAGAGCGUGUGUAUAUGAGAGGGCCCGCGCGCGCACUUGACCGUGAGAGGGAGAGAGCGCUGUCGCACGGACGUACAGAGAGAGAGAGAGAGAAAGAGCGAGAGAGCGAGCGCGCACAGUUUUGCUGUGCACGUACUAAAAUGCUGCUUGCGAGUGAGCAUGUGUGUGUGUGUGUAAGCAAAGGAGCGAGAGUAGUAGCAGCAGGCGCACACACGAUUAGUACUGGUAGUAGUAGUGCGCCAGUGCGCUUGGUGUAACUGUUGGUAGUGGUAACAGUGCUUACACCACACAGGGCAGAGAAAGAGAGCGAAUGUGUUGCUUGCAGUGUGCAGUGCGUGCGUGCGUGUGUGUGUUUGUCUGUCCGACGUUCUGAUUCCUGCCUAGCCUCCUAGCGAGGAGAGUGUGUGUGUGUGUGUGCGUGCGAUCAAACAGUAGGCGAGGAGCGUGUGUGCAACACUACCAGAUAGGGAAAAAAAGGAGAAGAAGAAACACACCCCAGCUCUACUCUUGCAGAAGGUGGGCGGCCCCCGGGGGAAGAGAGAGAGAGAGCGAAUCAAUAGCAACCGGUAGCUAGCUGCUGCUGUCAAACGCGAAACAGCGAAAGAAACGCGAAGAAAAGCGGCCCUAAACGUGGUCAUCCUUGAUUUUUGCCUUUUAUUUUCGAUUGUGAGACAGUGUGUGAGUGUGUGUGUAGUGUCCUGUGUCCUGUGGCUUCUACCCUGGUAAACGGGGAGCAGGGCCACAAAUGUAACACUUCACUGCUUUGCAGCUUCUUCCUCCUGACGACGGGACACGGUACCGGGGCAACGAGCGCACCAAGCGCCCGAAGGAUUUCCUCCUGAAGACAUCUACUUUGGGAAGAAAACGGCCUCGCGCACCAUCGUCCCUGAUCGAUCCCCCAGUGUGUGUUUGUGUUGUGUUGCCUACUGUGUGAGGUUUGCUUUUUUACUAUUGUGUACCGAUUUAGUGCGUGUGUGUGUGGGUGGAAAGUGUAAUGUUGUAAUUUAAUAAUAAGAAAGAAAAAAAAAGAUGACGUGCUGUUAACAGUGCAGUGUAAAAGUAAGCUUAAAGUGUGUGAAAAAUUAGCAAAAGAAGAAGAAGAAGAAGAAGAAACACGUCCGUUUCCGUGUGUGCUGUCCCUACGAGCCUCUGCCGCGAUCGUCAGCCUGCAAUCCGGUUGAGAGAUAUACCUCACAAACAACGCGACAGCAAUUGGCCACCAUUGUGCAGUAAUUAAUUAGGCAGGAAUAAUCCUCGAGUAACACAGUAACAGCAAAGCGCGGUCAACAACGCGUAUCCUGAGACGAGUAAAAGAAGAGUAUCAGGCGAGGAGACACCGGAGUCUGCGGCUGUUCGUAGUUGCUGCUCGAGUCCCAAACCUCUGGCAGUGUCCCGGAGGGUUACACCGAUCUUCACGAACAAGACACACGAAACAUGAGCGCGUAAAGCCAGAAAGAGCGAUUGGUAGUAUGCGGCACAUCGGAUAGAUAGCAAAACGCUAAAGGUGUGUUAGUAACUGAAACUUGCAGUAAGAAACGGAUUGAAGAUAUCGCCGAAACUUCAACCAGAAAACGUUCUCAAUCCACACCCAACGAAGCGGUUGUAGCUGUCCAAAAGGGGGCUUUGCAAGACAGAUCCAUCAAACGGACAACAACACCAGAACCACCACCACCACACACGCACCAGCAGCAGCAGCACCAGCAGCGACGAAGACGGAGGGUUCUCGGGAAACAUCGCACCCCAUCUAGACGCUGGCUCGCAACGGUGAAGCGCGGGGGGCCGAGUCUCCCGAUACGUCACCGGAAGGCGGUGCCACCUGCUGGUGGGCGCCCUGGUCAGCGAUGGGUUGCUUCGGCUCAGCCGGAUCGAAACAGUCGGACUCGAACAGCUCCGAGGAUACCAAGAGCCAGAAACGGCGCAGCGAUGCGAUUACGCGGCAACUCCAGAAGGACAAACAGGUGUACAGAGCGACGCACAGACUGUUACUACUCGGGGCCGGUGAGUCCGGCAAGUCCACCAUCGUGAAACAGAUGAGAAUAUUGCACGUGAACGGGUUUUCCGACAGUGAGCGGAAGCAGAAGAUAGAGGACAUUAAGAAGAACAUUCGUGAUGCUAUCCUGACAAUUACCGGUGCAAUGAGCACACUGACGCCGCCUAUUCAGUUAGAAAAACCGGAAAAUCAGGCACGGGUAGACUACAUUCAGGAUUAUGCGUCAGGGCCUGAUUUCAAUUAUCCACCGGAAUUCUACGAGCACACCGAGGAGCUGUGGAAAGAUCGCGGUGUCCAGCAGACGUACGAGCGAUCGAACGAGUAUCAAUUAAUUGAUUGUGCUAAAUACUUUCUGGAUCGUGUUAGUGAAAUCAAGCAGCCUAACUAUACUCCAACCGAGCAGGAUAUCCUGAGAUGUCGUGUGCUAACCUCUGGCAUUUUCGAAACUAGGUUUCAGGUUGAUAAAGUGAAUUUCCACAUGUUCGACGUCGGAGGGCAGCGUGACGAGCGGCGUAAGUGGAUCCAAUGCUUCAACGAUGUCACAGCAAUCAUCUUCGUGACGGCGUGCUCUAGUUAUAAUAUGGUCCUGCGCGAAGAUCCCACACAAAACCGGCUACGGGAGUCGCUGGAUCUGUUUAAAAGUAUUUGGAAUAAUCGAUGGUUACGGACUAUAUCCGUUAUAUUGUUUUUAAACAAGCAAGACUUACUGGCCGAAAAGAUAAAGGCAGGCAAGAGCAAGCUGUCCGAUUACUUUGGCGAGUUCAACCGUUACCAGACGCCAGCCGACGCCGUGUGCGAAAUGGGCGAGGAUCCAGAAGUGAUUAGAGCAAAAUAUUUUAUAAGGGACGAGUUUUUGCGUAUAUCGACAGCGAGUGGCGAUGGCAAACACUACUGCUAUCCACACUUUACCUGCGCUGUAGAUACGGAAAACAUCAAGAGAGUUUUCAACGAUUGUCGGGACAUCAUUCAGCGGAUGCAUCUGCGGCAAUAUGAGUUGUUAUAGAUAUACUUAAUGAUUUCGAUACAACAGCAACUUGGUCGUCUCAUUUUAGUUGUGUCUAUCGUGAAACAAAUAUCAAACCUAGCCAAACUAUACUAAUUUUAUAAUAAAACAAAUAUUUGAUUAGGAAUUAAUCAAAACAAAAAAAUGGAACAUGCAUAAGCACACAACAAACAAGUACACACACACACACAUCCACACGAAUACACAUGCCUCUAACCAUCCCACACAGUACACACAUACACACCCUCCUCUAACCCUCAAUAGAGAGAUGCAUAAGAUCACCGAGAUCGCGCAACUACACCAAUGUUGCUCUGAACACGUGCGCGCAGUCACGCAAACGAACAAACGACGACACAGUGAGGCUCCCCCUCCCUGCUCGGAGAACAUACACCAACUGGUGACAUUUACUGGUCAACCGGGUCGUGUUGACCGGGGGGGAGGCAAAAAGGAUCCCAAAAACACAUCCCAAUCGGAAAAUAAGAUUCGGCCAUGAUGGCAUCGUGUGCGGAGCCUGUGGACGAACACGCGUGUGCGUGGUGGUGCAAUCAAUAGUAGGCGCUGUUCGGGCACGCUCGAACAAAGGCAAACAUUUAAAAUCCACCUCCAAUCACACAUACACAGAGAGAAAGAGAGACAUUAGAAGCAACAAAGUAACAACUGCCGUCGAAUUGCGCAAAUUAGUCAAAAAUGAAGGAGCAAGAGCAGAACAAAACAAAGAUGUCACGUGUAUCUCGUUGCAAGGGUUGCAAGCAAGGCAGGAUAAGCAGCGCAAGUGGGGAAACAUUAUCCUCCCGCACCCUCUACCCACGAACUAAACCAAAUCUAAAAGCAGAAGUAAAAAGAAAAAGAGAAGAAGAAAGAAUAUAAGGUUUAGGGCUUUCACUCCUUGUAAACUAAUGGCUUGAUCGGGUGGGCGGGCGGAAACGGAUAAAACAGACGCGCGCAUAACCACAGCACAGUUUCUCAUGUUCUCGCUGAUCUGCUAAGUGUCUACCGAACACGGCCAGAGAUAAAGAGAGAGAGAGAAAGAUAGGAAGGCCGAACAAAAAGAAGAGGGCCGCUAGGUAAGCCUUUUGUGCAAUAAAAUCGGUGGGUGUAGAAUUAGGUUUUAGUGGGAUAAAAGUAACUAUGAAACAAACAAAUCCCACCCCACACAAGUACACGUACACACACUCACUAUAAAGAGGCCAUCGCCGCCCGAUCAUCGUAACGUGGCGCGCUGUACAGAGAGGGUUAGCUGUUACCCUGGAGCGCUCCGGGUGCGUGUGCAAAUGUAAAUGUGCUGGCAAAAGGGUGGAGACGAUGCACUACUUUCCUUCCACCAAAGGGCGCCAUUCGUUACAGCAGCAGCAAAUGCUUUAGUAGAAGAAAUCGUUCCACAAACACACACACACACAUCCAGCAUACAACAGUAAAAGCUCACUCGAAACAAGCAAAACAGUGUAGGAAAAAAGAGAUUCGUGACGCUGCUCCCUUCACAUCUUCCAGUUGGCUGCUUCCGAAGGAGGAGAGAGACAGAGAGAGAUAAUUGUAGUUGCAGAGAAUGAAAGCUUCAUUGUGCAGGCAAAUCAAGAUACAUAGAUACACACACACACGCAGACACUCAUACACAUAAAGUGCAACACUGUUCUGUGAACUGGGUAGCAAGAUAGGACGAAAGAAGGGAAAAGAGAGAAAAGGGAUGUAGAUUUAGUAAUACUAUCGCAACGUAGCUGUUGGAAUUUCAGUAUUUCGCUCUCAUGUUUUAUAGUUGUUCGUUUUGUUUGUUUGUUUGUUUUAUUUUUUUGUUUGCUAGUAAGCCCAGGCGCGCCCAUCGCACGCAUCUGUUGUGUGUAUCGUUGUGGUAAAAUGUUGUUAUGUUUUAAAUCUGGCCUGGUCCAACGCCGCUAAGCAAUGUUUAGUAUGAAAGGAAAAGAAAACAGAUUCGGUCCUACUCUCCCCUCACCCCCCCCCCCCCUCUCCCCCCACAACACUUACACACACACACAUACAUAUACACAGUAAAACCAAUUAUGUAUUAACUCUAGAUCACCGCAUGCGCCGCCAUAAGACUCUACCUUCUAUUGUUUAUGUUUAAAAAGAGAGAAAGAGAGAGGGAGAGCGAAAAGCAGUAGGUCUCUCACAACCCCGUGAAAGCGUAAUGCGCGUAAUAUGCGAGCGAGACGAGCGCGAAGAAGGAAAGGACUCUGUUGUAGAAGGAAUUUGUUAUUUGUUUUCAUAGGUUUUGUUUUAGGUAAAGAGAAAGUUUUAGCUGCAAUGUUUUACUUCCCCUUCCUUUCCGUAGAGUAGCGCCGUGGUGUGUGUCUCUUUUGAUAUGCACGUAUAUAAGUUACAGGGGUUGCUGUAGUUUUUUUUUUAUCUGUUGACAGUCAAACUGCAGGGUUCGUCGAGAGAGGAAGGGUUGUAAAAAGGAAGAGUUAGUUGCUUGUUAUGUUAUGAUUAUUUUAUUUUGUUUCGUUAUUAGAAAAUACAUUUCUGUUUUGCUACUCUGUACAAAAAAAAAACAAAAACAAAAGAUUAUAACCAGAAAGAGAAGAGAGAAAAAACGCAAACAUGUAGAAUUACACACAAACACACAUAUGCAUACGAUCGCGAUCGCGAGGGGUGGGUGCGUUUUUUCGUCGUUUUUGUUUUAGUUGUCCACUACUACUACUACGUACGCUCGCUGUAAAUGUAGAUUUUUAAAACGUGUCUCACCAUAUAGAUGUGUGUGUUGUGUUGUGUGAUUACAACAGUAGCUGGAUCGGUGUGGCAGCAGCAGUAGUAGCAGAAGCAGCAGCAUUGCAGGCAUUGGGUGUACGUUGUGCAGAAGGGAAUCUAACUAGUGAAGAGGAUCGUCGAGAGAGAGAGAGCGAGGGAGGGGUGUAGUGUGAGUGGCGUGGCUUUAGCAAAAUACGUAGAUAAAUGUAAUGAUGAGAUAAUGUUUGUGUGUGUGGGUGGGUGUGUGGGUGUUGUGAGAGAAUCGUGAAUGGAGGGAAAAAAAGGAAGGAUGCGCACAGUGUAGCAAGAGGUGCGGACUAGUGAAAAUGUUAUUUUGAAACAGAAUAAAAUUCUCUUAGGUUAUUGCUGAAAGGUUUAUUUACCGUUCUGUAAAAAGUUGAAAGAUGAUGAAGCAGAUGAGACAGAAUCAAAGGAUAAGACUUUAGAUAAUCCAAUUCACAGUACGAAUCAUGAAACCAAGUCAGCUGGAGCCCAAGGAUCCCCUUCCUAUACACAGACACUUGUUUCCGUUUUUUAAUCACAAAAUGAGGUUUCCAUAUUCUCGUUUCUUAUUUCUUUUUUUCUACACACAGUUCUACACACGCACACAGAUCAUUGUGUUCUAUUUUUUGCUGUUUUUAUUUGUUGUUGUUUCAAAAUAUAUAUAUGUUAGAAUCUCGUAAGGCACAGAAAGUAGUAGGGUAGAGAGAGAGGCAAACAAAUAAAUGGACCGCAACGGGAAAUAACGGCGAGGUAAAUAUUUAACAAAACAAUCCCUCCGAACUCCCGGACGGAAAGCGCCACGGGGGUCAGUGUCCUUGAAGGCAAACAGGAAACGGCAAAAGCAAACACGGCGCACGGUGUGGAUCAGGGGUGUGGUGGGAGCAUCUUUGUGUACGUAUGUAAAGCGGGUAUCAUCAAAUGGUUCUGUGUAGGAUGUGUAAAACAAAAAAACUGGCAGCAACAGCAACAAAACCACUAGAAAGCGCAUCACAACUCAGUGUAACAUAACAAGAAGAAAAACAUCUUAAAAACACACACACACACACACACACAUACGCAAACAAAUACACAAAACUUAUCCAAUCAGAAUCAGAUGGCAAUUUUGUAUAGCUUUAUCGAUGGAAUACACGAAAACACACAAACACACACAAAGAAACAAACAAACAAACAAAAAGAAUAUUCGAACGGAAAUGAUAGUAACAAUGAAUGGUGUUUAUUAAUAGAUGUUAAAGUAGUCAACAUAAACAAAGAACAAGAAAGAGAGAGAGAGAGAGAGAGAGAGAGAGAGAGAGAGAGAGAGAGAGAGAGAGAGAGAAAAAAAAACGUAACACGUAAUGGAAGAAACGCAAAUAAAUGGCGCAACAAACAAAAUCGCAACCAAAAACAAAAAAAAAGGUGAAAUGUGAACGAAAGAAGAAGCGGUCGAGAAGCGGUGGCAAUAAUAACAACACAUGAUGGAAAUUACAUUCGCUAAUCCUUUUUCGUUGGCGCGGCUUGGUCUUGGGUUUUAUUUUGCGAGCGAGAUUGGCGCUACUACUACCAUCUUCAGGUGUAGGAGCAAUUUUGUUUCUUUUAAAAACAUGUUUUAAUUUUGUUUAGUUUUUCUUGCCUUUUUUGGUUUUAGCUGUCUCUAGUAGUGCGACUUGCGAUUGCUGUCGUACUCGAUUCCAGUUUGUACAUAUAGGGUUAUUCCUUUCUUAAAACCAUUAAGGCAUUAAGCUGUGUUUCCACCCACCCCACCCAAGGAUUCACAUACACAUACACAAACACAUAACAAAUACUUUAAAACAGCGUUUGCAUAUGCGAGUUAAGAGACGGGACGUUAUGAACCGGAAAUGGGGAAAGAGCUUAUGUUUUUUGUUAUUAUGUUACAUUUAAUAUUAAGUUUUGAACAAACCAACAAACAAAAACCCGUAACGGCCAUCGCAAACUAGAUAAUAACCAAAUUAAUUAUUUUAAAAAGAGCACUCACUUACACACUUACACAUCAAUCUAGUUACCAGUUUCUUUCGUUGUAGAAGCCCCCCCCCCCCCCCCCCUUCGCAACUGCAUUUCCGCGUAUCUCCUGUGCCGUGUCUGUAAGGGUAGUGCAACAUGAAUGUAGGUGUGAACUGUGGGUGUGAAACAAACAGUAUAUGGCGAACUGUGCACAACACAACAGUGAUUGUUAUUUAUUUUAUUUUUAUUUUACCUACGCUCCCUCCUGGAUAGGAGGGGGGAGGGGAGGAAACCACUAAAACCUACGAAGAAGAAGCAUAGGCAAUCUAAUGAGUAUACACACACACACACGUUCACUCACAGAAAGACACACAUACACAAGCCAGCGAUCGCUCAGAUUUCCCAACAUACAAAAGAAAAACGGCGCCAGUGAAGGUAGUGAAGGAAGUUAAAGGGGAAAAUCGCUUGAAACCCGAUCGGACCUGUGAAGGUUGCGAACAGGAAAUGGGGGCAGGCUAGAUAAAAAUGCAACGGGGAAAUCCAUUUACAUUGAAAAUAAUAAUAAUAAAAAAAGAAAGGUGUAGUAAAUCUGCAAACAAAAAGCAAAAAAUGAAAAUGUAUAUCGUUUACACAUACAUAUACAUACAUAUACAUAUAUACAACUUAUAUAUAUAUACCUAUAUAUAUACAUUUAGUGAGAGAGAAGAAAAAAAAACAAAAAAGGUAAAGAGAAAGAGAGAGAAGAGCGAUAGAGAGAGAGAGAAAAAAAGAUGAAAUCACAGAUGCAACCAACAGAUGUACUAUUUUUGGUUUCGUUUAUACUAAUACGCUCUCCUGUUUCCUCUCCAUCCAUCCCUCCCUUGUAAAGAUGUCUUCUACUGCCUUCUCCUUUAGCAGCUACUUUCCUAGCACACACACCCCCAGCCACCACCACCACCUUUCUCGUACCUUUCUUCUCUGCUGUGUUAGUCAAUUGUCGCCGACCGUCGUUGACACGUGAGCUUUCGGACUGUUAGGAAAACUAUGUAACGGAAAAGUGGAAAGAACACACACACACACACACCCACACACAAACAUAUAUUCGGUGUGCAUGUUGUGUAGCAUACCUUCGGAAGUGAUGAUUGAAGCAAAAAACACUGCUGCGCUGUACCUACUUUACUACUGUGUAUGUAUAUGCUGGCCGCACGCUGUACUGUGGCAUCAUUCUGAUUGGCAAAACAAAAUCGUAGUAGUCGCUGCGCGGACGACCUCCUAAUGGCAACAUCAAGGAAAUAUCCACACACUCUCCACCCCACAGCUAACUUAGAUCGUAAAGCAACAUCCUUUAGCAACACGUGUGUGUUGCGCGUACCACACACACACACGCACACUCAAGAACCCAUCCACACAUACACGCACACGCAUAGACAGAACACGUACGAUGAAACUUCACCUAGCAACAGGUAGGAUUACUUAGGUUCUCGUGCAUGGGCCAGGGAAAUGAAGCUCCGUUCUACCACUUAAGACGAGCGGCCUCUGUUGGCUUAACCGACCACGUGUCCCCUUUUCGAGCAAUUUGCUUAGCUCUACUGUUUUCGGUUUGUGUUUGGAAGUUUGGAUUGGUUCAAACAAUGUCAUUGGAUUGAUUGGAAAAUGGAAAGCAGCGAAGUGAGGUGUAAUAAGCAGCACUAACCUAAACACUCGUAGGCUAAGUGAUCGAUCAUUUGCAAUAUAGUAAGCGGUAGAGGAGCUAGUAGCCACCCCAGAUAGAAGAUAACAGAAUCAUCGGAUCAUCGGUUUUUUUUUAUUAUUCUUUACGUUCUCCUUAUCCUUUCACUCAAGUUAGAAGAAACACCGGUCAUGGAUGACACAAAAUUCAUACUAAAACGUAGACUAAACAUGAGCGAAUGGCGGGGCGCUGUUUGUUGUGUGAACAUGGAAGCUAAGCAAGCGAGAAAUAAGAGUGUUCAUGGUGGCAAAACAGUGGAGAGGGAUACGGUAGUGGCUGGCAUAAUAAGUAUCUGCAAACCACGCAAACAAUUUCAAAAAAAAAAAACAAAAAAAAGUCAUUAUUAAACAUUCAAGGCAAGCAAAUCAAGCAACAGAGACAGAAACAGCAAACUCGGUUUUGUAUGCGCAGCAACGCAGUAAAAUCAGUGAAGCAGCAGUAGUAAAACUAAACAAAUCACUCGAUGUAGAUGCGCAGGUGCAAGUACUCUUUUAUAUAGCUGUAUAGAAAGAACACAACUGAAAUGGGAGGAACACUGGGAGGGCACAGAAAAACCAAAACCAAAAAAAAAAAAAAUGAACAGAUUCAAUUGAAUGUGCGUGUGUGCAUGAAAAGAGUAACAAAAUGGAGUAGAUGAAAGAAGAUAAAAAUGAUGAAACAAACGUGGGCGCGCGCUAGGGUUCUGCUAGAAAGAAGAAGAAAAAAACAUAAAAUAAUAAUAUAAAACUAAGAGGUGCCACCCACACACACCCACACACACACCUACACUGAGUGGUGGUAAUCCCGAGGAAGCAAGAAAAAACAUUAAAUGCGUACGGAAAACACGCCACCACCCCCUGCUGGAAGAGCAAGCCACAAAUAGUCAUAGAUUGUAGAUGAAGAACAACCAGAGAGAAAGAGAUUGGGAGAAAACUAAGAGAAAAGGGCGCACAAAACAAAAAGAAUAUUACAAUGAAAUAAACAAACAAACAAAAAAAGAAACCCAGAGAAAGAAGAAAAUGUUGUUGCAAAGCAAAAUCAGAGCAAAACACACAAAAUGUAAGAAAUGCAAAUUAAAUAUAACACAAAAUAACAAAAUGCAUGCAAAGCAACCCACUAACACAGACAACAAAAGAAAAAAAAAAGGUAGAAAGAGCGAAACGAGAGAAACAAAACAAAGUAAUGAGAGAAUAUAAAAAAAAACAAAUGAUGAUGAUACCAACCAAACCUACCAAGAGCAGAGAUCUUGAUAUAAGUAGACAGCUGCUGAAAGCGAUAAAAUAUGGGCUAUGGGUGGGAGAAAAACAAACAAACACGUGAAUUAAUAAAACAAACAAAAAACAACAGCAAACAGUAAAAACCACGCGGUCAGAACACGUAUAAUGGAGUAUGAGGAAUGGAAUGUAAACGAGAAACUUUGAGGAAAUUAAAACCAAGAAAACCCUAUCGGAAUAUGUGAAAAAUAAAGCAGAUAAAAAGUUUA